AUGGUCAGUGUUAUAAACUUUGUGACCGUCGUAGUGCUGAAAAACAUAACUUUUCGCGCCAACACUACUGCUUCUAAUUACAAGUUGUCACGGUAUUGCCAAGCAUCCAUUUAGAGAAUUACAAAUCUGUCCCCAAUAACGAUCCUUCGUUUAAUGAAAACAAAAAAGACUCGAGUUGUGUCUCUGCUCUUGUAUAUAUUGGUCACCAAGAACCUGUAUUUGAAUGCAUGUAUAGAUAAAACCAUGAAAUAGGCGAAUCUGGUCCAUGUAACUAAUUGUUCUGUGUAUGGACUGCAAUCUCCAGCAAUGCUGUGCAAUGAUUAUGGAAAUGGGUGCAAAUGAUUAUUUAUUUACAAGAUUCCUCCUCAUGCUGCGUUCUUAGAAAACAAGUAUAUUUCUUGCACUCAUUACCAAUCCCCGUGUGGUCUAGAUAUGUAUAUGUCCAUAUAUGUAUAGGUUAUUUUUAGUGUGCACGGCUCCAUGGAGGAGCACUUUUUGUAAAAUUGAGUACGUGUGAAAAUAAAGUUUUAAUAAUAAUAUAAAAGUAUAAUUAAUUUGUUUUAAAUGAGCGCUUCUAUUUUUUUAAUAAGGUCGAUUUGCACUACACAGUCACAGCUUGAAUUACUGAUCCAGCACACAACGCACAUACGUACGCGUUAUCGUAGAUGAGUUGUGUGCUUGAUUUACACAGUACAAAUCAAGUUGUAAGCAGGUUGCAUGCGACAGUUUUAGGCAAAAGUUGUGUGAUGUAAAUCGGUCUUAAGAAAGUGGCUAUACUUAUUGAAAAUUACAGUAUAUUAAUUAUUUACGUAUAUAUAGUAUUUCACUUACAUAAACGUUGCCACUAUACAGCCUGUUUCAUCCAAUGGAGGAAUCUCAUCCAUGGCAGAUUCCUCCAUUGGAUAAAACAGGUUGUAGUGGAUGAACACUUUGAGAUGAGCAAAAAACUACUUGCCCUGUCUUUAAUUAUUUAUGUAUCUAUAUAUUUGCAACUCACUACAAUUAAAGCAAAUGCAAAACCUUAAAGUUGAAAGCUUAUUGGUUCUUGUAAAAUGAAAAAUGUAAAACAACAUUAAUAUCUAUUGUUUUCAAACAGACUCUUAUAUGAAGAAAUAAAAAUAGAAAAUAUGAAUUUUCGAACGAAAAUUAUUAGCCUAUAACUAUAGUUGAUAAAAAUGUAGGCAGGGGGCAUCAAGUACUGCAUGUAAAUUAAGGAAAGUUUUGGAAAGAAAACGGGAAAUUUCAGAACCAUCCUCAGAGAUAUGAAAGACUAGUUUUAUAUUAUUCACAUAUUUCGUGCACUUGAAUUGGAUAAGACUCGCUACCAAUCCCAGUUGACUCAAUAGCUCAAUGAUAGAGCGACGGUCUGAAGAUGCGAGUUCCAAUCUCGCUUGAGACACCAAAUGUUUCGUUGUACUCGGCAUUGUCAGAGGGCCUUAAAACUGACGUUCGAGGUAUUUAAUCGACUUAUAGCACGAUUGGCGAGGUUUUUUCCAAAAUAGCUCUUAAGCUUGUGGGACGUAUAAUCUGGUUGAACAUGCGCACUUUAAAUGCUUUAAUGUGGACAAGCACGCACGUUUUAUCAUUUAAGUCCCACAACAUUCUCGUCCCCAGAGCCAUUUUCACUCGGUCACUCGUUGAAAAUUAGGCUCUGGGUUAGAUGAUUGGUUUGGGUUAGAUGAUUGGUUUCUCAGAGAACUGCUAUUUCCCACAAGUUGAGCAGUUUUCGCUACGCAAAAUUAUUCUAUCAACAAAUGUGAACACAAGUACUUCGUUUCUUCGUAAUACUUCUCUGUUAAAAUUUAGAAACUAAUGCAAUUUUUCUUGCACUUCCAGUUCCAUAUAUCCCAGAGCUUAUGAUGGUCGCGAGAGGCCCUGGGAGCGAGGAUGGUCCCACAAGUGAAACAGCAAAAUUUUUGCACGUUUACACUUGUUAUUUAGGUGCUAUUUUCUUCUGAUGGAUUUAAAUGACUUCAUGAGUUAUGAAUGUUCAGAUGAGGGUAUAUCAUUGAACUCUCUAAAGCUUUGGGCAAACUAGGAAACAUUGUUGCGGAAACAUUGUUGCGGAAACAUUGUUGCGGAAACAUUGUUUCCUGCCAAUGUUUCGCCAUGUUUCCCAGAGUGGGCAAACACUAGGAAGCAUUAGCAAGAAACAUAGGGAAACAUGAAAAGUUUCUGAAGUUGCUAGGAAACAUUUUUGCUUUUCGGGAAGCAAAUUUUGUUUCCGCAACAAUGUUUCCUCGGGUGGGCAAACAGGGAAACAUUUGAGAAAACAUCGAGAAUCACAAAUGUUUCCACAACAAUGUUUCCUAGUUUGCCCAGGGCUUAAGGUUCAGGGGCCGGUUGUAUAAAACUCUUAAUCACUUUUUUAAUCACUAUUUUGUAGUUAAAUAGUGAUUAACUCUCAAAUACGCACUUCUUAUUCGAUGACGUUUCCACUAACUAUAGUUAACUUUAAUCACUUUUUUAUACAACCGGCCCCUGAAUAUCAUAACCCAGAUCAUAACCUAUCGCCGAUUACUCGUUCACAUCCAUCAGAAGAAGAAAAUCGCACUAGAAAUCGUAGCAAAAGUUGCACUGAAUGUAAACGGGCAUUAAGAAGUUUGACUGUUGAUCCAUGCAGUUAAUCUCUUUCUCUGCUAGUCUCUUUCUCGUUUAGAGACUUACAGCGUUUAUCUCGGCGCGAAGGAGAGUAGGGGCUUGAGUUUGUAGCUGUGGCGGCGGUCAUGUAGACAACGAAUUUUUCGUUGUAUACUCUGCAAUGUCAGAAUGAUAUGGGAACGUGGAGUCUUUUUCCUAGUGCAAUAAUUUUAUUUCUGUCUUGCAGGAAAAAAGUCAGCGAGAGAAAGAUGUGCUAAAAAAGGCAGCGAGGUUUGUGUCCAUUAAUUCCAUUUUUGUCAGGUCAUGGUCAAACAAGAUAUUCUCUGGAAACGUAUGGCGAUAAAGUCGUUUUCUUCAUGUUUAAUCAAUCAUUGCUCAGUUUUGGGUUACGUAUUAGAGUUAGGAGUUGAUUUUUGCUAUGAGUGGAAAAGAGCCUUUAUUAAUAAUUGUAUGGAAAUUGUCCCAGACAACUUAGUUACCUGGUGCUACAUUAUAGUAUAUUAGGUCAUAAUUACAUAGGGUUAUCAGGGCCGCCGAGAAGUUGGCGGGGGCCCGGGGCAAAUUUUUUUUAGGGGCCCUAUUUCAAAAAUUGUUUCCGGACGAUUGAUUUCCAGCGACUUUACCUCAAUUUUUCAUACAAAAUUUCAGUGCUUUGUCCAAAAAACCCCAAAUAUCUUGCCCUUUGCGCGGAAAUAUUUAACCCAAAAAAAUGACUGGGGCCCAACAAAAAUUUCCGGGGGGGCCCAGAACCUGGGGGCCCGGAGCAAUUUGCCCCUUCCUGCCCCCCCCUUCCCUCUCGGCGGCCCUGAGGGUUAUUUGGGCAAAGACCUACUUAAAAUGGUCAUGUUUUGUGAUUGGCUUUCGUCUUUCAGAAACAAAUCAGAAACAAAAAUUAUCAUUGUUUGUGACUCGUUCUUUAGAAAGACGAUUUCUGUAGUUUUAUUGUCUUUCAAUGUUAUAAUCAACCAACCGCGAGCCUGGAUAGUAUAGGUAGAUGAUGACCCGGUUAUUUUUUUAUUUAGAUUACAAAAGGACCGUGCUAUUGAGUUGGAAAAGCACGUGGACUCGCUAAAACAGAGAUUGGUAACUUUAUUAGGCAUUUUAAUCGAGUCAAUCUAAAAAUGAUGAGUAUAUCUAAAAAUCACCAGUUAAAGCGAAAUCUGGCCACCUUUCUAUUUUGUGUUUGUAGGAUCAGGAAUUGACUGAGGCUAAACUCAAUGAAGAUGUCUGGAAGGAUAAAGAAACAAAGUAUAAAAGAGAAAAGACAUCUUAUGAAGCCAGGAUUGAUAAACUUAAGGGGUACAUAUGCAGAGGAAUUCUUCAAUCAAAUAAUUUAUUUCAAUGUUGUACGUUCCAAGACAAAACAUCUUUCGGUAUUAUGCAGAAUAAAACUAAAAUUACAUUACUUAAUUAGUACUUAACCGAAAUACAUUUGUGCUAUAAGUUAUAUUUCGUUAAUAAGUUUUUUGAAACCCCUAAGAUCAGGUGCCUGACGUAGCUACAUUGUUGGGUAAAUUGUUCCACAGAUGGCAGUAUUAUAAUAAGCAACGAUAUAGUUGAGUCUGCAUGAUUCACACAUUUUCAUUGACGAUUAUUGCGCCUUGUCGUAAAAUUGACAUAGUUCUAUCAGUUCUAAACUGUGUUAUCUAGAAGUCCAGUAAGAUCCUUUCCUCGUUGAACCAGGAGGAAACCGGCAUACCUGGAACAAAUGUUUUUUUUAGUGGCACACAGGAGAUUAGUUUUGUAUAUAUACGUCUAGCAUGCAGUUUUAAAAAACUGUAUUUGCAUGCCUAACAGUAAUUUUGUUGCGUUUUAUUUAGUCGUGUUGAUGAGCUGGAAAAGAUUAUUGAACACACUGAAAGUACUGCCAAGGUAUAUUUGAAGUUUAGUGUUCCUUUGCACAGAAAUGAUGCAUGGUUUUUUCUUAAAGGUCUUUAUACAAGCUGUCUUAUCUCUUGUCCCUUAAUUAACAGACAAGCAAUUAAGGAAGCUCUUAACACGAAACUACAAACUCGUAUCCAAGAAAUAAAUUCACUUCGCGCUGAAAACGAGAGAUUAAAAGUAAGUCCAUCAAAUUGGAACCUUUAAUAUGUAUCUUAUAUGGUACAUAACUUAUAUCCUGAUAUCCCAUGCAUAAUUAUUUUGAUAGAAGUGGACGGUUUUAAGGAAAGAUUAAAAGCUGAAGAAGAACGAAACUUUGCCAAGGUAUGCACUCUCAUUUUUGUUCAGUUGAACUUGCUGGAGAAUUUCAGAGAACACAAUUUUUCACUACCAAAAAUUAAUUUAAUUGCGAUUACAUUGUGUGUAUUGUUGCCUAAUGUACCCGAACCAAAUGCUUAUGUCACACGCGUGCCCUAUAAGGAUUAGUUUCUGGUAGUUGCCGACGCUUUGCGAAAUGUUGGGGAGGGGUUUCCUGUACCAUAUUACCACUCAUGCAUAUGCUGCUGCAAAUCUUAGUUCUUUAAAAACUUUUUGUUUUUAAUUCAUGCAAUUUUAUAGCCUACCGAUGCUUUCAUGGUUGUAAAAUUAUUGUUAUAGCUGACCAUUCGAAUAAAUCAGUUCUAUACUUGACCGCUCACAAUUCAAAAGAUAUUGAGCGAAAACUUUCGACAGGGCAAUUUGUGGAAAUCCGGCUUUAUUCAAGGGCGGUUGCUCUCUUGGCCACUCCUAUAGUAUCUGCCGUUGAUUUUUUGGUGAGAGAGCUAACCCAGUGUACCCACAAAAAAGUCCUGAAGCAAAAGAGAAAACCAUUAACCGCACUCUAUACUUGCAUGAGUUUCUCAAGAACAUGCACACAACCUGUACGGUUGCAGGCUUGACUCCGCGGUCAGUGAGAGCGCGCUAACCCCAUCUGUAACUCGUCUGUUCAGAGAUAAAUAUUUUUAUUUACUAUCAACUAGAUAAACUGUAUGAGGAGAUAGACCAGUUCAAGGGAAAGAUAUAGAAGACUACAAGAAAGCGUUAUACGAGACUAGAUCAAAGGUUUGUAGUGCAUGGAAAAUAUCUCAGCUGUGUGUUGAGUGUUUGUUAUUGAACCCGUAUUAUAGCUUCGAAAUGGUAGAUUAGCUUUACUAUUCACGAGUACAAACUAAAACUAAACUACCUUUUUACUGGAUAGCUCUAUCAGUUAUGUCAAAGUUGUUCUCUCUAGAGGUUCAGUAAUGCUCAUCACUAAUUGCAUGACACAGUGAGUUUAGGGGAAUCUAAACUGAACUAACUUUAUUCAUAUAUACAUGCUUGAUGCCUCUAUAUCAGUUCUAAAAUAUUUUUCCUAGAGUCCAGUAAAUCUACAGAACCAGGUUUUAUCCAUACUAGAUAGAUCUCGUAGUUCUAAGCUGCUCUCCCUAAAGGCCCAGUAAGGAUCGUCCCUUGCUGUUUAAGUUUCACUAUUGCAAGAGGAAACCAAAAUGUUAAUCUGACAACUGUCUACCUGGUGUCCCCAAAAAACUAUACACUGUUUGAUUUAAUAUAGCAGAAAAACUAGAACAGCUAUCAUGCAUGAUGAAAUGAACUUUAUCGUAUCCAGAAAGGGCUGACUUAAAUUUGAUAUAUGGAAUAUAUGUAGUGAAUAUCAAUGUUUUAAAUUGAACAACCAUUUUUGCUAUAUUAGUUUAAAUCAAACAGUGUAUAGUUUUUUUGGGGACACCUGAAAUUUUGAAUAUCAUACUUUUAUAAACUUCUCAAAAGAAUCUAUGAUCGCCAAAUUGUGGUCACCAAAUUUCGCAAUUGUAUAAUAGAACAGGAGCUUUAACUGCUGAAAAAUGCUUUGAAAGUACCUUGCCCGUUAUAUUAUCAACAUACGAAAAACUUUAAAUUUGUUUGAUUAUUCUGUCCUUUUCCGGCUGAGAUCAUUUUUCUAUAUAGUGCGAGUCUUAUUUAGUAUAUGUGACAGAAGAGAUUCACUUAGUAUAUGUGACAGAAAAUGACAGGGGCCGGUUGUAUAAAAAAGUGAUUAAAGUUAAUCAUAGUUAAGUGGAAAUGUCAUCCAAUAAGAAGCGCCUAUGUGAGAGUUAAUCACUAUUUAACUACAAAAUAGUGAUUAAAAAAGUGAUUAAGAGUUUUAUACAACCGGCCCCAGGUGUAUUUAUAUAGACUUUAAAACCUUUUACUUCGUGAAGUUAUUUUUAUUGAAAGCAAAAUAUUGUGUUUUAAAAGUCAACACAUAGGUGAAACACCUGCUCAGGAAUAUUUUUUAAGUUUACUGGCAUUUGGGAAAUAGUAAUUGCUGGAAAAUCAGAUUUAGGGUCCUGAAUUGGGGGGGGGGGGUCUAGAUCCAAUUUCCUAGCCCACUUGUUUUUUUCUGAAUCCCAUCAGUUCCAGCCAUUUUUUGACCAAAUCCCAAUUUCAACUGUAAACUUGAAAGAAUAUUUCUGAGUGGUGUUUCACUUAGCUAUGUGUUGACUUUUAAAACACAAUAUUUUGCUUUCAAUACAGUUUUCUUUAAAUAUAACUUUGUGAAGUCAUAAUUUAAAGCCUAUAAAUAAUAUCAUGUCAUUUUCUGUCACAUUGACAUUUUCUGUUACAUACCAAGUAUAUCUAGCAACACUGAGAUGUACGUUUGAGAUAUAUUGCUAUAUUUUUUCUAGAUAUGUGGAUUUUAUUACUACUUGCAGUGCGUUGUUUGGCAGUUUUGCCUACCGACCCACCACCGGAGGAAGCUGCCACGAAAUAUAUAACUUGUCAACACAUCAUUGGAAGACCAGCUGCUUGCCAGUGCAUAGGCAUAGAACCGGCGUGUUAGUUAUAUUAAAAUGAUUCUUUCUAAGUCGAAUGGGAAAUGUUUAAUUAACGGGUCAUAUCCAGGUCCAACCAUAAUUGUACGUUAUCGAGGGAUUGUAGCAAUUGAUGUUUAUAAUACUAUGGAUGAAUACACUUCGAUACAUUUUCAUGGAAUGCAUCAAAGAAGUGUUCCAUGGAUUGAUGGAGUGGGGAAUAUCACACAGUAUCCUAUCUACCAGCUCAUGGCAAAUUUAGGUAAAGUAAAGCGAAUAUAUUGAAGUAGAAGGGUUUCUGCAAGGCAAGCCAAAGCAAGGCAGGCAUGGCAAGCGGCAAGGCAAAGUAGAACAAAACAAAGCAAGGCAAAUCAAAGCAUGCAAAGUAGAACAAAACAAAGUAAGGCAAGCCAAAACAAAGCAAAGUAGAGCAAAACAAAGCAAGGCAAAUCAAAGCAAAGUAGAGCAAGCAAGGCAAGGCAAGAAGGCUAAGCAAGGGAAGGGAAUGCAACGCAAUGCAAUGCAAUGCAACGCAAUGCAAACAAAGCAAAGUACACCCUGUAGUGUACAGACAGGAUAUUUUAACAGCUAGAUGAAUCCAAAUAUCUUUAAAAACCAUUAAAUCUUGCAAAAUUAUUUGAAAACUCAACAGUACAACUGGCAUUGUAAUCCAAAAUAUGGCAACCUGCAGAUGACUAAAGCCUGGUUUCCAUAUGGUCGUAACGGUCGUAAAGGUUGGGUCACGAUCUUUCUCAUUAACCGAAAUACAACAUUUUAGAACUGAAAAUACGCAAAGUGAUUAGAACUAGAGAAUACUUAUGAUUUAUAUGUGGUUUACAGGUAUAAACUAUUAUAAACUGGCCGUUGAGAAAGAUCAUGACUGUAUUUUUACGACAAUGUGGAAACCAGGCUUAAACGGACCGCGACUGACGUCAAAGUAAGGUCUCUAUUGACCUGAAACGUUCGGUCUUUACAGUAGAGAUGCUUUGCCUUGCCUCGAAUAAAUAUAAUGUUUUGAUUUAGGUAUAUCUUCCGAGCACAACCUCAGGGCACACACUGGUACCAAAGAGAUCAUGACUUAUUUGAUGGGUUGAUAGUACACGAACCAGAAGUGAGCUCUCGUGUCUUCCCAGAGAAAUUUGAAGACCAACCUGAGAUUUCAAUUUGAUCAUAUCCAGUUUCAAAUGAAUGGCCAGCGUCUUCCUAGAAGUGCCAGUGUUGCAGGUUUGAACACCCAGAUAGAAUUUUACGAGGUCGGUGGUACGAACUAUCGUUUUUGAAUCAUUUCAGCUACGAUAGUGAACAUUUUUGUAAUCAGCAUAGAUCAUCAUGAAAUGCAUGUGAUGGCGACGGACGGGUAUUUAGUAAAACCAUUUGAAACGGAUUAUCUUGUCGUGAACGUCAGUGAACGAUAUGAUUUCAUUUUGAAAGCCAAGGAAGACGUGCUGUCGGGUUCUAAAUUUCCAAUCAGGAUUCAGUUACUCGCAGUUCUUUGCAAUGAUAAUAGCAAGGUAGCUGGGGAAAGUUACGGACACGGUUUUCUAGUUGAGCAAAUGAGACCUGUACUUCCUGAAAGAUUGAUAGUUCAGAAUGGUCGGUGUAAUGAUAAAUACAAUCCAUGUAAGUGAAUUGUCCUUUCGAGAAAAUGCCAAAAGAUUAUUCUAAUCAAGGUUCAUAUAUGACGUGCGCUAACGUACUGACUCCGGAGGAUCAAUAUCCAAAUUUAGUAGUUGAACUGAACGGACACUCGUAUUUCAUUGCUAAAAUUGGCUACCCUGAAUAUGACGAGAGUGGACGUAUCACAGUCCCGAAGAAGGAUAUAAAGCUGCUUCCUUGCGGGCACCCAACAUGGAGUGAUGGCAUCCCCGGCGGGAUUGUUGUGGACAGUACUACAGUCCGUAAAGACACAGUGAUAGUGCCCGCUGGUGGUUAUGUCGUUAUUCAUCUUCUUCAAAAUAAUCCAGGAUGGUGGUUCAUGUAUUGUCAUAUUGAUUACCAUCUCAAUCAUGGAAUGGCGAUAGCAAUUGGUGAAAAUCCAAACAUGGCGAGCAUACCUCCCGAUCCACUGUACAAUGUCACGGAGGAAUUUUGCUUCACCCUGCGAACAUUUCUUGUUAGAGAAAAUAGCAACGGCUUACCAGACCAAAUAAUUGUAGCAGCCAAUAAUGCACUACUGACGUUAAUUUUGUAG